AUGGGAAAAGACGUGCUGUCAGAAAGAAGCGUCAUGGUGGUGAAGGUCGACGAGGACCGUCCAUCCACUACAACAGCUUCUGGGGCGACUGCUACUGCAAAGGGAAAGAAUGCCUUUCGUUUCCCUCGAUUCAGCCUCAAGAGUCCGUCCAUGGGCUCUGCCGCAACAGCUGGGGCCUCUUCCGCGAGCCCCACAAACGGCACCGGCAGCAGAUCUCGUCGGCUACGUAACUUUCCUCUGCUGCGGCUGCGAAGUUUGCCUGUCGAUGUAUCAGAGACGUCCGUCAAUACGUCGCUGUCACCUAGCCCCCAAGCUCCCAGCGGCUCUUCUGAGUCAUCCUCCUCUUCCUCUGCUUCUCAAAGCAGCAAUAGCGAAGCAAGUGGCAGCCGAAGGAGAAGGAAGCAGAAAAGGGAGGCCAGGGAAGACUAUGUCAUUCGGUGUACCAAGGUUUACUCGGUCCAAAACAGCUCCACAGGGGAACAAGGGGAGGGCCAGGCUGACCAAGAUGACCAAGAGCAGCAACACCAGGACACACUACAAUCAUCGUCGCCAAGUCAUCCUUGUAGCCCCGCUAGUAUUGCAGAAGAGGAUCAGCCAGAAAUCGUGGGAGACUACGAGCACCCGACGAACGAGUCACAGAGCUUUACCUGCGCUACAGCCAUCUUGCAGCACUCGUACCUAGAAAUGGUCUGUGGGAAACCUGGCUAUGCGCUGGCAGACGAAGAUAACUACACAGAGGACGUAGAAGCCAUCGAUAGGCCACAUACGCCAUCACCUAGCAAUAGGCGACGGAUACCAGAUGAUCCAACGGUGCAGGACUCAAUUGAAUGCGUCUUUGCCUCGCAGCUGGAAGAAGGGCUGGCACUUUGGGCGGACGAUGAGGACGACGACGACCUGGAGGAAGGAGACGAGCAUAGGGAUGAACAGGAAGAAGCGCCACUGCCCAACCUGUACACAGAGGAGCCCAUCAAUGCUCCUUCCGAAGCAGAAUUGCCGAGUCCAGCUCCGCUCAUGCAAUCUCGGCAAAAGUCGAGAAGGCCUUUGCCUUCCGUCGCCAAAGCUAUGAUUCCCAACAAACGAAGGUCGCACCCGAGUAACAACACGAGCGAUAGCAGAAAUGGCCAAGCUGAAAAGGAGAAACAGCAAAAGCUCAAUGGCAGUACACCGCUCUCAUCUCCAAGCAGGAGACGAAAAAAGUGUCAGACAGCAAAGAUGGUGCACGUUGGUACCUUUGAUCCACGGACGAAUCGAAUAUUGGAAGUGGCAGAGACGGAUCAUAACUUGAUGGAAGAAGACCCAGUCGUACGAGUGGCACCUGUCGAGUCGCCGCCACGAAGCGCCAAGGGCUGCUUUUGCCAUUCCAAUUCGGUUCCCAUUGUACCAGAUUCCAUUUGGCCUCAAGCGCCGCUUCUGUUGCGCCCCACCCCGAACGAGGGAAUGUGUAUAAAGGGGGUGCGAUUCAGUGGAAAAACAGAACACCUAUGGAAGCCUUCCGAUGGCGGCUGGUGGCUGACUCCCUUGUACGAGUUGGCUGGGAAAGACGUACAGCAGCUGCCUCCGGAUGUCCCUGCUAUGUGCUCUCAAUGCUGCCUUUUGCCCAUCAACAAUGGAAACGAGCCCGUGGGUGAAGCUCUCGUCACGGACUUUGAGACGCCUCUCUUUGAAGGAAGUCUGCUGGUGCGACUUCGACACGUGGAUGGGGGCGCCACGAAUACCGACCCAAAAACGAUGGAGUACGAUGACAAUGUUGGCUACUUUGCUGGGUUAAAUCGGCGAUAUCAAGUAGUCAUUCGGGGCAAGUUCAAGAGUGAAAUUCCCUAUACUGAUCUGUUCGCAGGCAUGGUUAUGAAUAGGCCAUACGGCCGAUUGCCGCCCAAGUGGAUCAUGAAGGGAGCCAUCAAGGUGUUGUCGUUCUUUGCUCCACAGCUGCAAGUUGAGCUGGACGGACCCCGCCCCAAGACAAUGGCGCCACUAGGUAGUACACCACAAGCAUUGAUUGUUCAGGAAGUUGGACCGAACGAUGUGUUGGCUCCGCUGGAUGGAGAGGUGGAAGAGCCCGUUCGGGCCGCUCAAACGCUUUUGGGGGUUGCAUGCCCAGGAGCUACGUCCCUACAACGAGCCCGCGGCAGGAAAAAAGCUUUUGACAAGCUUUUCUCCAGCAAGACUCGGGGUCCUAUGACCAAGACAGACACCGGAAGCAAAGAGACCUACUACACAUUUGAGUUCCUUCAGCAUCUCGUGAACUUCCAAGACUUCUCUGUGGAACUAGGAAACUUGCUGGGAUCCAUUCCUAUUGCACCCAUCUUUGCUGGAGCCCCAAUCCCCAUCAUGGCGAUGGUCAAGGAGGGCGAGCAGAAAUUGUGGUCCUUUGAUCUUUGGCAUCAAAGUCUCGUAGAAGGUGCCAAGGAAUUUGAUGCUCAGAACGGAAAUGAAGGCGGGAACAAGCAAUGA